AUGACAUUGUUUGGAAAGAUAGUUUUGGUAACUGGCGCUUCAAAAGGAGUUGGCAAGGGUAUUGCUGAAGAGUUCUGUGAAGCUGGUGCUACUGUAAUCAUCACUUCAAGACCUGACGAGACUAGAAAUAGUGUCUUUUCAAACGAAUCUCUCGAAGAGUAUGCGGAAAGAGUAAGUUUAAAAAAAAAUUUUUUUUAAUAUUGUUGUAGCAUUUUACUGUGCUAAUACAAAAUUUAAAAAAUUAACUCGGAAAGUAUUCAACUUGCCUUACUCAGAAUCAACUCAAAUUUUAUAUGUUUUCUUUGUACCACUAAUAGUCCACACAAAAAGUUUUAACUCGCGCUUUUGCGUUUUAAAAUUAAAAUAUUUGAGUUUUCCGCCAAUUUAGCAAAUUUGGCAUUGUGUUUCAAGCACUUUUUUUUAUUUUUCAGACGAACUGCUAAUUAAAAUUUUAGAUAAGUUCAAUUUACGCAGGCAAAUGUGUGGCUAUCAGAUGUGAUCAUUCAAAGAACGAAGAUGUUGUGGGGCUUUUCAAGACCAUCGAGAAUGGCUACAACAACAUUGACAUCUUGGUCAACAAUGUGUUUGCUUCUUCUUUUGUGAGUUUUCAAGUUUUUACGUUAAAAUUAUAAACUUCUAUAUUAUAUGCGACUAAAUACCUUGAAGUUCAACCUGAUUAUUGUAUAUAUAAAGUAAGAGGUAAGCUGGAACAAAGUUGGAACUUUCAAGGAGGUAAAUUUACCAUAAAAUAUAAAGAAGUUUUAGACAUGUGCCAAGAUAGCCAACAAGCGAUUCUACGAGCUGCAGAACAUUACUGGUAUGUUUGAAGAAUUCUUAAAUGUUGGUCUGAAGAGUCAUUUACUGUGCAGUAGUUUGGCUGCUCAACUCAUGAUCAAGAACAAGACUAGAGGGCUGAUAGUGACAGUCAGCAGUGAAGGCGGGGGCAGGUUCUUGUUCAACACUUUCUAUGGAGUUCAGAAGGCUGCAGUAAGUCUAGAUUUAACUUUUUAUGACAAUUUAAAAUAUUUUAGUUUACAUUUGUUAAGGUAUUGGUUAACUGUUCAUUGAUUAGCUUGUUCAAAUAAUUAUGUGCUCUCUAACUCUGAAUAUAGGCUUUGAAAUAGAGCUCAGAAUUAUUUGAACAACCUAAUAUAUAUAUAUAUAUUUUAAUUUACUAUUUUCAGUGUGAUCGUAUGGCAGCUGAUAUGGCAUACGACUUGAAGAAAGAAGGAAUCACAUCUGUCUCGUUUUGGCCUGGAGCUGUCGCUACCGAACUUUAUCACAAUUUACUUGGCAAAAGCGAUGAUCCGGUAGGUUUUUACCACUUUUUUAAAUAUUAAGUUGUUCAAUUAAUUCUGUGCUCUUCUCAAAGCAAAUUUUUUGGGUUAGGGGCACAUAAUUAUUUGAACAAACUGUUUUUUUUUCAAAAAUUAAAAAUUUUUAUAUUUUUUUAUUUUAUUCUCCUUGUCAAGACUUGGUUCUACAGAAUAUUGUAAGGUUGCUAAUAAUAGUAUUCCAGUUCUUGGCCGACUUGUACACAGAUGUUGAACAUCCUCGAUUCGUGGGCAAAUGUGUCGUCAGCUUGGCGACAGACCCUGAUAUUCUGGCAAAGACUGGCCAAAUACUAACAUCGACCAGAAUAGCCCAUGAAUACGGAUUAAAGAAUCAAACAGGAAGUGGGUUUUUUCUACAGUUUUUAGUCCCCCUACUACAAUAUUAAUGUCAUCUUACUUACUGUGGUUUUUAAGCUUAUAUCACAGCUUGUAGCAUUAGUAGGUUGAGCUUAACAGAGUAGCUGAUCUACAGUUUUUAGAGUAUAAUAUCAGUAGAGAUUAGAUAAUGUCACUUCACAUAGACAUACAAGGUAUCUUGUGUUACAGAGUGACAAAUCAGUCUUGUAAUUACCAUCGGAUUAGGGUGAGAGAAGACGGCUUAAGUUUGUGAUUUUACAACCAAACUUAAUCCUUUUCAGAUACUGUCAGUCGGCGUCAACACCUCGAGUGUGACGAGUAUCUCAAGGCCACGAACACACUUCGAUGUGAUUAA